GUGGCUCUUGGCAUCACUUCCGCCUCUCUUGCAGCCAGACGAGCCCCUCGCCGUGUGGCACACCACAUCCCCCAAGAGAUUUUGUCGGAUCCAGAGCUCCAGGAAGCUGUGGGACGCCUCCCUCGGAACUACAACUUUGAGGUCUACAAAACGGUGUGGCGGAUCCGUCAGGCCCAAGCCAAGAGGGUGGCGCUGCAGAUGCCGGAGGGCCUCUUGAUGUUCGCUUGCACCCUCGCCGACAUCGUGGAGAGGUUCACCGACGCAGAAGCUGUGGUGAUGGGCGACGUGACCUACGGUGCCUGCUGCGUGGAUGACUUCACCGCACGGGCCUUGGGAGCUGACUUCCUUGUCCACUACGGCCACAGCUGUCUGAUUCCCAUCGACUCCACGCAUGGCCUGAAGAUGCUGUACGUUUUUGUGGAUAUCAAGAUCGACACGGCCCACCUUGUUGACACCGUCCGCUUCAACUUCCCGGCCGGGGCCAGGUUGGCGCUGGUUAGCACCGUCCAGUUUGUGUCUGCGCUGCAGGCUGCCUCCCAGGAACUCCGGCCCGACUACAGCGUCUGGACCCCCCAGUGCAAGCCCCUCUCCCCGGGGGAGCUGCUGGGCUGCACAUCGCCCCGGCUGGCCCAGGAGACUGACGCCAUCGUCUACCUUGGAGACGGGCGUUUCCACCUGGAGUCCAUCAUGAUCGCCAACCCUGAAAUUCCUGCCUACAGGUACGAUCCCUACAGCAAAGUGUUCUCACAGGAGCAGUACGCCCACGAGCGCAUGCAGGAGUCGCGGAAGGCAGCCAUCCAGCGAGCGGCCCGUGCCUGCAAGUGGGGCCUCAUCCUGGGCACCUUGGGGCGGCAGGGGUCGCUGGCCAUCCUGCAGCACCUCGAGUCGAGCCUGCAGGCUGUGGGGCGUCCCUACGUCCGGCUUCUCCUCUCGGAGAUCUUCCCCAGCAAACUGCAGCUGUUCCCUGAUGUUGAGGCGUGGGUACAGGUGGCGUGUCCCCGCCUCUCCAUCGACUGGGGGGAGGCCUUUGAAAAGCCCCUGCUGUCGCCCUAUGAGGCCGCUGUGGCUCUGCAGCAGGUCAAGUGGCAGGAGAUCUACCCCAUGGACUUCUACGCCGGUCAGUCUUUGGGGCCGUGGACAGUGAACCACCCCAGCCACCAGCCCCGGAAGGGGGACAGGACCAAAGAGGUACGCCCCAAGUCUGGCACCCAAGCCGUUCGGAGAAUGGGGUAGGGCCAUCCCCGGGCACACAGACGCACGUGGUGCUUUUGCACGCACAGGAGGCACUGAGGAGCCCGCUUGCCAGGAAGCGGACCAAACAGCCCAAUCACACGAAUGCAUCGACUGUGACUCCUGUCGCUGGAACUCUUCCAGGUGCUGCCGACACUGGGGGGGGGAGGGGGAGGCAUCUAUAUCUCUGGCCCCACUUCUGGGUGGCCACUGGAGCCCCCCUGCCUGCCCACCUGCCUUCCUCCACAGUCCAGCUGUUGGUUGGAACGUGAGGAAGAGACUUUAACGCAGCAAGGGGCCGUGAGUAUGUUUGUGUGACAGGGAGAAAAUGGGCCUGUGCACCUUGCCCUUCCCAGGACCACCAGCCUUAGGCAGCCUUGGAGCCUCCUUCCCUGCUGUGGUUGCCUCCCCUCCCCUCCCCUCAGACAUCAGUUCCAUCUUUCUCAUCUCAGCCCACUAAUGGAGCCUCUCUGGA